AUGUCCCUCUCCACCAUCGACUCUCGCUCUCUAAGAAAAUCCAUGGCUUCUAGAAGAGAGCCCUCCUCGCGCCGCCUCACCCUCUCCACAUUGGCGCUGGCAGCCACGAUACUCAGCAUCGUCACUGUUGCGUUUUCGGCGCUAACCGCCGCUUCCCUUGCCUCGCUAUCCUUCCGCGCUUUGGCGAUAAUUUCUGUUCUUCUCAACAUCGCUGCCCUUGCAGCCUUAGUGUUAUUCUUAAUACAGGUUGUGUGGAGGGGGGAUGAGCGGUGGUACAGCUCGGCAAAGAGCCGAACCGUCCUCCUGUCCCUUUACUCCGUUCCCCUAUUCCUCGCCAGCCUCCUCACCGUGGUCACGUACGGCCUGACCCAAUCUCACAUCGACCAUGUCAGGGCAAAGGACUCCGGAGCCUCGAGCGACUUCAUGGCCGCCAAGUUCGCGGUGUGGGCACUGUCCACGCUGACUCAGGCCAUCUUCAUCGUCGCCGCGACGCGAUGGCUGCCUCUGGCCUCAGACGCGAGCCUGAGCCGCUCCCCGACCGAGAUCCACGGUCAGGAAAUGCGCGAUCGAGCACCGCCGAUGAUGCUCGACCUCAAGGGUGAAAACCCGGGCGGAGACCUCGCGUCCCCGACCUUCUCGACCGAUACAUUGUCUCGCGACUCUUGGCGGUCCUCCCUCCAACAGGUCGUCCGCCCCAUAACAUCCCGCACGCGACUCCUCUCGAUGACCUCUUCUCUCCGCAAGUCCGGAAGCUUUUACUCGGGCAACACGACGCGGACAAACUCCAUAGCCCCUUCGGACGGCUUCGAGAGCUGGGACACUUCCAGUGUCGACCAGCAGGCGCGGGACAUCGCCACACAGUCGGCCGACAUACAACAGGAUAUGCUCAGGGUCCUCGGCCCCGGACGAGGCGGCACCCGUCUCGAUACCAUCCCGGGCAGCCGCCCCGUCUCGCCAGCUCGCGCCCUCGACGGACCCUUCCCUCCCUCUCCUUCUCCCAACGGCCCGCCGGUGCUCGAACUCAACCUCGACGACCUGCCGGCGCCGGCGCCCGCCUUCAUGGCCGGCAGCCCGCACAGCUCGCGGCCCUCGACGCCGACGUCGAUGACGACCAUCACGGGCGUCGACGACGCCAACGUGCACCCGCUCUUCCGCUCCGACAGCCCGCACCCGCCGCCCGCCGCCUCGCCCGGCACCGUCGUCGUCGCAUCCCCCUUCAGCGGCCAGGUCAUCGCGCGCCCCAGCCGCUCGCGCGCCAACAGCCGCACCCGCGGCGCCGCCUCCGCCGCCGGCACCUACGGCACCUACGACGGCCACAGCAUCCGCAGCAACGCGUCGAUGCGCAGCCUGCGCAGCCCCAGCCCUCCCGCCCGCGAGAUCACGCCCCCGGUGCCCGACUUCAUCUUCAGCAACGGCGACAGUCCGCGCGUGAGCUCGGCGAGCUUGCGGAAGGUCAACUUGCAUAAGGAGGGUGAGAACUGA